AUGAUAUUAACUCAUACACACGCAGGUGACCGAGCGGGACCCAGUUCUAGAGGUGGAGGGAGACUUCGAGGUAUUCGUGCUCGGCGACAUGUACCAUACUCGGCUCGCCACAACCGACCACGGGGAGCGAAAAUCUCCUCAUAUCAUAGCCCUGAGGAGGGUAAUCAAUCAUCAUCGGAUGACUCGACACAGCCCCCAAGUCCCCCACCAGCAAAUAUACUAAUUCCCACACCUGCGCCUAUUCGAGAACCCUUACAAGUGCGGGAACAAUCGCCUCCUAGAGAAGAAUCGAGAAUGGAAGAAAGCAGUAUACCAGAAACUGUUGCGGACGCCCCCACGGGGCCCGAACUAACGCAGCAACAGAGAAGAAGAUAUCGUGGGCCCGCUAGAUGCAUAGAGUUUGAGAAGGUGAGGAAGUACGGUAAAGUGCCCUUAAAGAUAAACGAUGGUGAGACAGCCCCGUGUUGUGAACACGCUUCUAUGUUCACAACACGAGUAUCAUGGAUUGUUAAGCAAUUUUGUGACAUGAGUCAUGCGCGAUGGACUGAUGUCCCGGCUGCCAUGAAAGAGGAGCUCAUUGACCGCGUUCGGUCUGACUUCGUGCUCGACUGGGAACGUGAAAACCACCGAUUGACGGUGACAAAGGCACUUCGUAAGCGCUUCAACAGCUUCCAUCACGACUUGCACAAGAUUUACGAAUCCUUUGGAAGCCAUGAAGAGGCGUUAGCUCAUGGGACAAGCUUAGUGGACCCCCUUGUAUGGGUCAAGUUGUGUGGUAGGUGGGGCAGUGACGCCUUCAAGAAAAUUUCAAGUCAAAAUCGGGAGAACCGAAAGAAGCAGGCAAUUAAUCACACAUCGGGACGUAAAUCAUUCGUCCGAAUACUUGAGCAAAAGCGCGCUGAGAAUGGAAAUUUGGUGGACUUCUAUAAGGAGACGCGCUGGUCGAAGAAGAAGAAUAAGUUUGUGACAGAUGCUACUGAAGAUGCUUACAAGGAGAUGCAAGGUAGAUUGGAUGGCCUAGAACCAGAGCAACGUUGUGAUGAGGCAGCAGCGAGUGUCUUUAGGGAGGUCCUUGGCCAUCGACCUGGAUAUGCGCGAGGACUCGGAGAGAUGGUCAUCCCUGAGUCCUCGCGACAACGUGACCAAGUGAAAAUGCAAUGCUACCUAUCUGAGAUUGAAAGACACAAGAAAGAUGCUGAACAACACAAGAAAAAUGCUGAUGACUAUAAGAGUCAGCUGGAAGAAAUGAGAUCAGAGAUGCGGGCUCUUAGGGAGCAUCAGUUUGCGACCGACAGAUUGCUUCAGUCCUUUUUUAAGGAUCAUCCGUCAUUCACUGAGUCAUAUCGACAGACUCAGUGUAAUGAGCCCUCCGACCCAUAAGGGGGGGUCCUACGUUUUUUGCCUGUUUGGGUGGUAUUUUGGUAGUCGAUGGUGACAGCUGGGCAAUAUAUAUAUUACUAUAUAUAUAUAUAUAUAUAUAUACUAAACGAACUAUGUCAACACCGGGGAGAUAAGCAACUCUCGGCCUAAUGCCGCUUUUUGGAGGAGUGUUUUGAGCAUAUAUUCCGGUUUUGUGAUUUCUGGAAAACUUAUCCGAGGGUUCCGCUGCCUCUUUGCCAUGCCUAACUCGAAAGACUUCAAAACCAAUAGGCUGAUACUUUGAUAGGGGAAGAGGCUCGGUAUCUUCGCCUGGCAAUGGGGCAUGAAAAACAAUCCCUUGAUGCUCUUGGUGAAGCACACAGUACUUGCCUAAAUGAUCUCAUGAACUUUCCUACCCGUAAUGCUUACGGUCUCUCAAGUGUUGCUGGAAACAUAGAGAAGCUUGCAGCUUUGCAGAAUGAAUUUGAAAUUGUGAAGAAGAAGAUGGAUGGUGAUAAAGCCAAGGCAGAACAAAUAGUGAGAAGAAGGUCAAAGUAGCUUCACAUGGUUAUGAGUGUUGCUGGAAACAAAGAGAAGCUUGCUAAUUUGCAGAAUGAAUUUGAAAAUGUGAAGAAGAAGAUGGAUGGUGAUAAAGCCAAGGCAGAAAGCCUUGAGAAUAAGGUCAAAGUAGCUUCACAUGGUUAUGAGGGGUGGACCUGUUGACUGCAUAGCAAAUGAGCAAUUGUACUAACUCCAACCAUGGAGAAACGAUGGGCCUGGGAUGCACUUAUGUACAAAGACUAAGGGGAAAAUACGCAUGUACUGACUUCCAUGCAAUAUGGAAAUAGGUGUCAGCAAAAUGUUCAUGCUCGCCACCUUUCUCAGACAACCAAAGUGCCCAAGUGUGGGUGGAAAUGUCCCAAACAUAGGUCUCACUUGUUAGAUUAAUGUGUAACUUGGAAUAGAUUGGUAUUUAGUGAUACUACAAUCUUCAAAUCAAUUAUAUAAUACAGAUGAUAGUUUAUUAUGUAAUUAAUAGCUCAGCUUGUAUUUGAGAUAUGAUCAGAAUACAUUUCCACCCAAUGAUAGUAUAGUUAAUUGAUUUGUCA